CAUCAUUCCACACCAUCCACCCGCCAUGAGGACCAGGCUGAGACUUCUACUGCUGCUGGCAACAGCUGUGUGUGUAUCUCACGCACAAACCAACAACAACAACAGCGUGAAUGAAAGCAGGCAGCCACAGGCCCAGCCACAACAGCGCAGCGUUUGGGAUGAGCCAAUUCGAUUCACCACCAAGACCAGAGAUUCCUGCACCAUGGUGGUGUCUGGAGUCGGGGACUAUACCCGCCUGCGUGUGUCAUGCAAAGGCCAGGCUGCUGGACAGUCCUACUACUGCGACUUCCAAGGCAAACCCAACCUCUGUCGGCCAUACAACCUCAACCCACGCCACUACUUCACCCAGAUGAUGUGGGAGCUCAGGAAGCAGAACAAUGCUUGCCAGGGACAGAAGGUCUACCGCCCACCAAUGUGUAAGAAGUACCCAGACGAGGCCCACAUGACUUACCUGUCUGCAUACCCCAAGCCUGCCACUCCUAAGCCUUCUAAGCCUGUCCAGGAGCCUCGAAAACCCGUGGUGCCAGUAGUCCAGCCGAAACCUGUCACAACUCCCAAGCCGGUAAAGCCUCAGCCACAGCCAGUCAGACCCCAGCCAGGCAAGGCCCCUCAGCCUAAGAAGACCACCCCCAAGCCUGUGAAGACCACUACUCGUCCCACGGAGCAACCUGAUUCCAAGGCAUCUCGCUUGGCUACGGAGUACUGCUGGAGGAGCUUCCAUGGAAUCUGCACCUACUUCAUCAGCUGGUUCCAAAACUGAGAGUACAAUU